AUGCUUAUUUUGCUAUUAUCAAUAUCUACAAUAUUUGCUAAAUCUAUUUAAAUUAGUAAAGCAAUUGAAAUAGAAAAGUAGACUAAUCUGAAACAUGAUAAUGAACAUCAUAAAUUUAAAAUAAAAGUACCAGGAAAUGGGAUUGUCUAAUUAGAACCUACUAUUGGUACUUUAAUUUUUGCUAUUGAAAUCCAAGAUAAAAAUGCUAAUGUAGCUCUUGAAAGAGCAAAUAAUUUAGUUACCAAAGCACUAGAUGAAAUUAAAUAUAAUUUGCUAGGAGAGAAUUAUACUAUAGAGACUGGAAUAUUUUAAUUAUCUUUGAGAUAUGAUUAUACAACAGGAGUUUAAUAAUUAGUUGGAUAUUUGGUCACUAAUUAAUUGUAUGUAACUACAAAAAAUCUCUAACUGAUUGGUAAAAUUAUAACUGUGGGUGUCAAUGCAGGUUUAAAUAGAAUAGAUGGAAUUAACUAUUCAAAUAACUAAGAAGAAAUUGUAAAAGCUAAUGAUGAGGCUCUUAAAUUAGCAAUUUAAGACGCUUAACGAAAAGCUAAAUAAAUUGCUAAAUCAUUAAAUCUCAAAUUUAGUGAGAUUCUUGAUUUCAAAUAUUUGUAUAAUUAUAAUAGUCCAGUUUCAAAUUCUAAUGGACCAAGAGUAGCAUACGAUGUCGAUAGUAAAAUAUCAGGAACUCCAACUCCUAUUUUUGCAGCUAAAAAUAAUAUUAAAGUAGAUAUUGAAUUGAAAGUAUUAUUAAAAUGAG